UAAAGAUCUAAUAUUUGAACAUAUCGAAGUCACAAGGCUCGGGUGUUUGUUAGGCAUGAAACAACGCCCCGGAUAGGCCUACCUAAAUCACCCCUUCGCCCCCAACAUUACAAGCCCGAUAAGCUGGAACGCCUGUCUUUUGUGCACGUGUAAUGCUCGAAUUGAUCCCCGGGUCCGUCAAGCACAAACUCAACAGUGCCAUUGUCGCUAUUCACCAGCGCGACAACAGCAGCGACUCAUCCAGUAGCGGCCUGCUGAGCCCCGUCGGAUCACCAAGAUUGCGACGGGGACAUAAACGCCAGUUGAGCUUGUCCAGCUUCAGUCCUCGAAGGUCGAUAUGUACUGCGACAGCCAUUGCGUUGUUGACCAUCAUCGGUCUUUGGUGGACCUUUGUUCCUGCAGGUCAGGUCCAGAUCCAGACAACAAACUCAGUCCAAGAUGACAACAACGACUUCAUACCCAUUGGCCAGUCGGUCGACCGAGACGGACGAGAGGUCUUCUGGUGGGAACAAUUUCCUAGGCUGCAUGGGCUAUAUCGUGGCCGCAACAACAUAGUCUCUGUCGCCGAAUAUGCGACUGGACAACAGGCCGGCUCUCCCAACGCUUUCGAAAUUGAUCCCAACCCUGACCUUGAGCUGAUCGAGCUGCCCCUGUCUCCUUCGAUCGAGUUGGAGCAAUGUUACAUAGAUGAGGAGAACAAGAUUCUCCCGCCGAGAAUCAAGGCAUACCAAGGCUUACCGCAGGGAAUGUCGGAGCCCCUGUUCGGGUCACAGAAAGAGCUUGGGAUAAACGAUGAGGUGUGUUAUGAUCGCAUCAAUCGUUUCACACCUUACGGCUAUGGCGUCUCCAGAGAGGAAGGCGGUUUGGGACUGCAGCAGGAAGGUGACCUCGGUGGUCUUGAAAAGGUACAAACUUUUGACUGGAGCAAUAUCACUCUAGGCCAUGCACAGCAAAGAUGUCUGGAAAAGAAUGCUGCCCGGCUAAGGUCCAGAGCAGCUGUCGUUAUUCGAACAUGGAGCACAUUUGUUUAUACCGACUAUCACAUUAUGAUGCUGCGAGCCAUGAUCAGUGAACUGGCUUUGGCUUCUGGUGGACAGUAUACCGUUCACUUUCUCAUUCACGUCCAGGAUGACAGCCUGCCUAUCUGGGCUGACGAGGACCUCUACCAAAAAGUUCUGAAGGAAAGCCUUCCUGAAGAGUUCGAGGGUAUGGGAUCUUUAUGGUCUGUCGCCGAGAUGAAAUUGGUGUACCCUCCACCAUUUCCAGACAGCCUCGAGAACUUUUCUGGAGGCGAGAUAUAUCAAGCUUAUCGGUCUUUGCACUUCCCACUGCAAUAUUUUGCCUCACGCCAUCCAGAAUUCGACUACUUUUGGCAGUGGGAAAUGGACAUGCGAGUUACUGGGCAUUACAACGAAUUGCUCUCAGAAGUUACGAAUUGGGCUGAGAAGCAGCCACGAGAAUAUGCAUGGGAACGAUCAGCCAAGUUCUUCAUUCCCUCACUACAUAACAAUUCGUACGCGGCGUACUCUCGGUCAGUUAUCCAGGAGACCGAAGUCCCCAUUCUCGGGCCACAGCUCCCAGUUUCUCAAUUGCUCGAGAUCCCGGAACAAUCAGCGCCUUCUGACUCGACCGAGAUCACCGACUUGAUCACCCUCAACCCUCUCUUCGAUCCCUCUCGUACCCGAUGGGCCUUUCACAACGACAUGACUGGCUACGACGUUGAAAAAGAUGGUCGGCCUCCAACUCGCGCAUCACUGAUCACUGCCUCUCGUAUGUCUCGACGACUCCUGUUGCUCAUGCACGAAGAGACUUAUCAACGCAAGCAUACCAUGUUCCCCGAAAUGUAUCCCGCGAGCAUCGCCCUGCACUACGGGCUGAAAGCCGUCUACGCUCCUCUCCCGGUGUACUUUGAUCGGGAUUGGCCUGCUCAGCAUGCCGAUGAAGUCUUUAACAAUGCGCCACUCAGUAUGAAGGAAAGAGAGGCAGGAAUGGAUCAUGGGAGCGGGUACUUCCACGGUGAAGGAGGCAGCGUGUUUGGGCCGGGCGAGCACGUCUUCCGCGGGUCCAGCUACUAUUCCAAUGCGGGAUUCGCUGGGUACCUGUGGAGGCGCUGGCUUGGAAAGGAAAACAACAAUGACGAGGUCGCAUGGGAGAGCGAGGGCGGCAAGGGAGGUGGGAGGAUGUGCUUACCUAUGAUGGUUCUGCAUCCUGUCAAAUUCGAGUAAUGAUGAUGGAGCCGUGCCUAGCUGGAUAGGUUGAACGGUGCGGAUAUGUAACAGCGGAGCGCGGCUUUUUCAACUAGCGAGGCGUUCGGUGGAGUGAUUUCAGGGGCCUUAUGAAGACUUGGAUGCCAUAUUUGGACAUGACAAUGGAUGAUACCUGUGGAAUCUGGGCAGCAAAAGGGACGAUAAUACUAUCUCGGCACAUGACAGCGUGCUAUUGAGUACAUACCCUCGGUACGGAGUACAUGUGUACAUAUUCUGUUCAGAAUAACU